UCCUCUUUUUUUCUUCUCCUCUUCCUUUUCAUCUCAUUUCAUUUUUCAUCGCAACCUAACGCUACAUACCACUAAUGCCCGACGCCUCUGCCUUCACCCGCCCCGCCGUUGGCGUGCUCGCGCCCGAAGAAUCUGAGCGCACUAACUCGCUCAUCAUCGCGCGGGUGCCCCCCGAGUUUUUCCGGCAGCCGCAGCUGCUCGAUCUCCUCCGCGGCCACUUUGCGACGUUCGGCGAGAUCAACCAGUGGGCGCCGAUGCCGUCGUUUGCGCGUGUUAUCGUCGUUUUUUAUCAUGAGGAGUCGGCAGAGCGGGCGAAGCGGACGUGUGAUCCGUUGGUGCUUGAGCAUGCUGAUGCCUCCCCAACCAUCAUGCGCGUCUACCGCUCCGACCCCAACCCCAUCCUCACCGCCUCCUCAUUUUCCUCCUCGUCGCACCUCCUCCACCCGCCUCCGAUCGAAAAGAACUUCCUCAUCUCCCCGCCCGGCUCGCCGCCCGUCGGCUGGGAACCCAUCCGCGAGGACCCGCCGAACGCGGCGCCGCUCGCGGACGACCUCAUCGCCGCGCUGCGCAAGCUCCAGCUGCGCGAGAAGCGCGGGAGCCGCGAGGUGCUCCUCGAGCCCGAGGACGGUGUCGGUGUCGGUGUGUACGUCGAGGACUGCGAUGCGUACGAUGUCGAUGUCGACGGUGCGGAGGGGGGUGGUGGCAAGGAGGAGCAGGAUUGGGAGUACGGGGCGCCGUCGCCGGGGAGACAGAUGCGCUGGCGGCCAGUGGCGACGGCGAUGCCUCCGAUCCCGGCUUCUCUGUGAUGAUUUAUUGUUUUUAUAGAUGACUUUUCGCCCAUUCCUUCUGAUCUUUGGCAUCGUGCCAUCACGGCUUGUAUUUGUACCUAGCGUCAUCACACGGACUUCUGUAUCUCACACGAAUCACAUACCUGGCAUCUGUAUAUUCUGCUUUACAUCGAUAUCAUGGGACAAUAUUAGUUACCUCUUGGAUUUGGAUCUUGGCUGAACGCGCGUCCUAUGAGCGCCGCACGUGUGAGCGGGAAUAGUUUGCGCGAGCAGACGAUGGCGUCGUACGAGUCCAUGGUGGAGCGACCUUUCGGUGCCGUCCCUGGCGCAAGGACAGAAGCUCGGAAGGUUGAGGAAAACCAGGGCAGCUCUGAUGGGCUUCAGUACACGAGUCCUUUCAGUUCCCCAACCUUACUCGAAAGAGCGUCGCUCGCACCUCAGCUGAUAGCCUCGCCGUUGUGAUCCUCAAGCCGAACAGUCGAUAAACGUUGGAGCCCAGCUCGAAGCGUCUUGCGAUGUUUGAGGGUCAAGUCCCUGACGUUGUAGCGGUCGAUGAACUGGACGACUUUGAUCGAGGGCGCCGUCGCGCUCAUGGCUGCAAGAGACUCCAGCAGGUAGCGGUAGUCGGCGUCAGGCGCCUGCAGAAGGCGGCUGCGCAGCGCGAGCGAGGCGAUGGGCGGUGGCUGCAGGCGGACUGGGAAC